AAAGUACUCUCAAGAUACAUCUGCAGGAGAUCCUCCAAGAGUACUUUACCCACGGCUUUAAAUUAUUACAGAGAAAAAACACUUUAUUUUUUUAUUAUUUGAUAUUUUUAGUUGUGAAGAACUAAAAGUUUAUUAUUUAUUAUUUUUAAGUUAUUGUUAACACACUUUUUUCAGCCAUGACUUCAAGCUGCGAGCCUCUGGAAAUAACUGGCAACGAGCUGGUUCACAUACUCAGGACCCCCCGGGACCAGUACACCUCCGCUGGGUGCGCGGUGCUGGACUGCAGACCUUUCCUCGACUUUUCCUUUGCGCACAUCCGCGAGUCCCGCAACGUCAACUGGAACUCAAUGCUGCGCCGCAGGUCCAAGAGCUCGGUGGUGGCUCUGGAGUGGCUCAUCCCGGACAAGGCUCUCCUGGGCCGGCUGCGGCGCGGCGAGUUCUCCCCGCUGGUGGUGGUGGAUGAGAGGAGCCGCUCAGUGGCCGAGCUGAAGGCAGAGAGUGUGGCCCAGAUGCUGCUCACAGCCCUGCAGAACGAGGUCCAGACACAAAUCUGCUUUCUACAAGGUGGAUUUGAGGGAUUUUCGGAGGCCUAUCCAGAGCUCUGUUACAGCUCAGCCAGCAAUCACCUCCCUACAGUGGAACCAGAGCCAACAGUGACGGGUCGGAGGACACCAGCAUAUGAUCAGGAUGGUCCAGUGGAGCUGCUGCCCUUCCUGUUUUUGGGCAGUGCCAUCCACUCGUCCCGCAGAGAGACCCUCGCAGCAGCAGGCAUCACAGCUGUGCUCAAUGUUUCCUCCACAUGCCCUAACUUCUACGAGGGGGAGUUUCAGUACCUGAGGCUCACCGUGGAGGACAGCCUCGCUGCUGACAUCAGGGCCUGCUUCUCCACGGCCAUCGCCUUCAUUGACUCAGUGAAGCAGAGCGGUGGUCGGGUGCUGGUGCACUGCCAGGCAGGUAUCUCUCGCUCUGCCACCAUCUGUCUGGCCUACCUCAUGCACACGCAGCGCGUCAGGCUGGAUGAGGCCUUUGACUUUGUGAAGCAGCGACGUCAGGUCAUUUCUCCAAACCUGGCCUUCAUGGGUCAGCUGCUGCAGUUUGAGACAGAUGUGCUCUGUCAGGGAUGAAAGCACAGACGAAUGAGGAGGAAGGAAACACACAUGACUGUUCUUUAUAAUCAAUUCUCCUGCCUGGUGUAGGUGUUGAGUCAGAGCAUUAUCAGGACUCAUUUGUACAAAUGCUUGUACGAUUAAGGCGACGUUGUACAUUCAGCAAAAAGCUAUUGGUGCUGCUGGUGAAUCUGGAGAAACUGACAAACAGCAGCUGGCGAUAUAAACCUGUUAUGAACAAUUGUGUUUCUCAGCCAGCAAGUCGGAGCAGCUAUGAGGUAAUUUCCCUGACGUUUUAUACUCGAGGGAAAUGGUGCCUGCUUGUCUGGUUUUGCGUGUUACUGUGUUUGAAUUAUGUGCCUGGUGUUUUACAAGGGCUGUCUUAUUUUCAUACUGAAAAUCAUUCCUUCACAUUUACGACCACUGUGACAUGACGUCUUUUUAUGAGACAACACUGUGUUAACUACUUAAGGCAAUACUGGAUGAAUUACUGGUCUAAUUUAUGAAACAAUGCACCAACUACUGUUGGUGUCUUAUCAUGCUGUAUCCUGAGAUAGAUUACACUUUGUCAAAGCUGGAAGAAACUGUUUUUAUGUGUGUAUAGAGUUUUUAUUUUUAUUUAUUACCUGUUCUGACAGUGUUAGCAUUAUUACUGUCUGUUUAUGCACUUUAUACCUUCAAGGUUUGGCUGAUUCCUGCUGUUUUUUCCACUAAAAUAAAAACAUGCUGGAGAA